AUGCCAAAAAAGACAGACGAGAGAUUAGAAGAACUAGAAGUUGUACAUGGAACGCUGGAAAUGAUGAUUCAGCUGAUCAAGGAUUUGGGCUUUGAGCCGCCCCCCAAAAUCUCCCAGUAUCAAGGAAUAAACGGAGCGAAAGCAGCCACCCCUCAUGACGAGAGAUUGAACAGUAUUUAUAAAGGCUAUGCUGGCAUGCUUGAGGAUAGAGAGAGGCUCAAAAUAAAAAUCGAUGUAUUGACGGCACAAAAUGCAGAAAUGGCUUGCACCGCUGGGAAGAAGUCGGUUGCUGAGGAACCGUCAGAUUCACAUUCACAGCAGAACAAGGCAAGCAGUCGCAGAGAAAAGAGGAGAGGGAACCCAUGGCAUAGGCCAAAGAAGCGUCGGCGCCAGCCUACUAUUAAAAAAGAUACAAUAUCGAAAUCGCCCCUAUCAAACGAGGUUCUUUGA